AUGGGAUCCCGCCACAGAAUAGUCAGAGAAUUCCACGAACCUCUCGAGUCCUCCUCUCUGCGUCGAGAAACAGAUCCGGUUCACCCAUCUGAACGCGAGUAUGCGCCCAAUGUAUCUCUGAAGAAUAUCAAUGCCUCCCAACGAUGGCGACCAAAGAGCCUGCGAAAGAGGGUGUUUUUCGCGUGUGCAUUCGUCUUCCUUGCCUGUGUCGUCACCUUCGCGGUGGUAUUUUCCUACUCGCGCUCUAAUCAGGGCCUUCUUAAGGUCGACACACGUCUGCACUACCUCUGGACAUAUGCUCCGACUCUAUUCUUCACUAUUGUCGGCGCAUGCUGGGCUAGGGUGGCAUACCGCACACUCCAGAUGCAGCCAUGGAGAAUGAUCGCACGGGACCCGACGUCGACGUCUAAAGCUCUCCUCGUCGACUAUGUCACACCAAUAGCCUUGAAGUCGCUCUUUAAGGCGGCGAGAGCACGACAUUUCCUGGCCGUGCUGGUUCUCCUUGUCUCUUUGGCAUUACAGAUAGUGACCAUUUUGUCCACUGGUCUGUUCGAGGUCGAAUACGUUUCAAUUCAAAAGCAUGGUCCCAUCUCUCUCAUUGACACUAUUACUGGAGCUUCGCACGACUUUUCCAACAUCGGUGCAGGGCCAGCCUUGACCAUUUACAGUGUCCAGAACACCAACCUCAGCUAUCCGGAAGGCACUACAUCGGCUCAUGCUGUUCCUAAGCUUUCUUACUCAGAUGUAUCCAAUGCGACUUUAGUUGCUCCCGUUGGCGUAUUCACGUCUUACUUGGACUGUCAAGAAGCAUCACUUCAACUGGACAAUACCUCGAUAACAAGUCAGACGGGCGGGCUACAUAAUGCACCUUUGUUCACUUACUCUUUGAAUACGAGCGACUGCUUGCUUCCAAAUCUGACGGUCGAAGGGGGUGCAUAUCUCGAUUACAAUUACGAGGGCGACAAUUUUACAUUCUAUGACACGUACGGGAAUACUGCAGCAGUGGCUUGCUCACAGAAUGCUUCUGACGUCCGCAUCCGGAUUUCCGCGGGGUUGAUUUACUACAACAUCACCUGGAAUGGUACAUUUGCGGACACGGAGAAUGAGACUCUUCACCUUCUCGAAAAGACGCCGAGUGAGUUGUUUCAGCUCUCUGCCUCCACGAACUUGCUAUGUAUACCUCACUACGGCUUGCAAGAAGCUGAAGUCACGUAUACCACGAGCCAGACGACCGGAAGUCGUCAAGCUCACAUACAGGAGCCAAACUCAACGUCCUUGCAGGCUUUGGAAGGUGUCACACCUCAAGCCAUCUCGAAUGCCAUCAUGGAUUCGAUCACGGCAAGUUGGGAAGCCCUGGAGGCACUGUUUCCCAAUCCCAAUGCCGGGGUUAUUACUGUUAAUGACCCAAGCGAAGGCUCCGAUGGCUAUUUUCCGACUAAUCCUGACGCGUUCUUCAGGAUAAUGACUCAGCAAUAUCCACUUGCCAACGGUUCCAGCAGGUCAAGUUGGUUCGAUCCCGAGACCCUGCGAACUGCAUCGAGCCUGUUCUUCGGCUCCGUUGCGGCACAAUUUGCUGCGCAAUACUUGAGAAGAGAUGCCACCGGCACGGUUCAAGGAACCGCCGGGAUGGUUCAACCUCGAUUGGUGUUUUCAUCAGUCUUCUAUGCCGUGGAAGCAUUGCUAGGAUCUCUCUUCCUUGCUGCCCUCCUCCAUGCCUGGCCAGCCACAAAAGCCAUCACUAGUAUCGACCCUGCAUCCAUUGGUGGAACAACUGCAAUCAUUUCUGCAGACGUUGCCCUGAUGGAUCACUUCCAUGGUACUGGAACAUUCGAUCUUGAUAUGCUGAAAGCUCACCUCAGAGGUCCCGGCUCAGGCGACGAUAGCAAGGCUCGCACUUAUGGACGAACCUUCGGCACGAAUGCGGAACCAAACUGGGUGGCGGCCUUGGGUGUUUCUACCAUUCGGGAGAUGAUCCCACUGAUUCCGCUUCUCCUCAUCGUGGGUCUGGAGAUCAGCCUGCACUACAGUGAGGUUCAUAACGGCAUUGCAAUUGUCGACGGCCUACGCAGUCGGAUCCAUGCAUCGCGUCUGGUGCCUGCUGUCGUCUUUGCUGCGACUCACAUGGUCUUGUCCUCAAUGGCUUUCAAUGUCAGCCUGAUGCAUCCCUUCUCGACAUUGCGGACUAGCCCUUCUGCUGCCCAAAUCAGUCUCCUCGAUGCUCCUCUAAGCCGGUUUGCCCCCCAUAACCUCUGGCUUUCUGCACGAAGAAAGCAGUUUGCGCUUUUCUGCUCGGUCGUUAUGACCAUUACAACAUUCUUCCUAGUUACAGUCUCCAGCGGACUUUUUGUCAGUGGAGGCUACACACGAAGUUCACAUCUUACACAGUUAUCAUGGUUCCAGCUCUCUUCCGAGAACAAUGAUUCUGCAAUUCACAAUCUCACGAGGAGGUAUAACUUGACGGAGCCACUACAAUAUGCCGAGGAUAAUGGGGAGACGAAAAUGCAUCUUAUUGGCAAUGCCGUGAUCGAACUGAAUCUAUCUUAUCCUGCUUGGACUUACGACGAGCUUGCCUUACCCUUGGUCUCUAUCUCCGGUAAUUCGACAUUGAACGUCACGGAUUCAAUAGCUAUCUCGGCCCAAAUUCCAGCUCUUCGCACCGACAUGCAGUGCGAUGUGCUCAAGACUGACGAAAACAAUAUUACGUUCUCGCAGAGUAUGGUCGAUGUAUCUUGGGAUUACAGCUUCGGUGUGAUUUAUACUCGGAACUUGCUUGAUGUCCAUACCAAUUUCUCCGUUGAAUGCGGCGGGUCGGGUCAGAGCAACGCUACUGUCGUUAUCUACGAAGUAGCAUUACCCAGUCGACUGAACACGAGCGAGGAAGGCAGCGUUGAACCUCGGCCGACUUCAAUGCUGUACAGCUACGAGAACUGCCUCGUGGGAAUUUAUGGCUACGCCAAUAACGCAAAGUUUGUCAACUAUUCCGUCAUGUCAUGCAAAGUAUCAUACGAAGAAGUCCAAGCAACAAUGACUUUUCUUGACUUCCCGAGCUAUCGCAUCUCCUCAGACGCGCCGCCAAUUGUGGACGAAUCCACAACUAAACCGAUCAACAGCAGUGACGUCUCGUCAUUUCUGGCUGCUACCGAAUAUUCCGCUUCCUUUUACAACACUUCAUUGACAUCGUUGAAUGGGUACUCUACAAUGGACCCAGUAUCAACGGCAUUGAUCUACGGCAAAGAUGGCGUCCCUGCCGAAAAGCUCUUCCCGUAUUCCCCGGAGCAGUAUCUCAUACCAAAUCUACAGCACCUCAUCCGGACUAUGGGUGCGCAGUACAUAAGCUACUUCUAUCGAAGUACAAACACGACCUCGCCCUUAGUGAAUUCCAGGAUCCCAGCGACUUUGCAAAUGAACCCGACCUACAGAUUGAGGCAAACUGCCACGUCCACUAGGAUUUUGGACGGCCUUUUGGCGGCCUCUGGAGUCUUCGCAAUCCUCACACUGUUGACAUUUAGAACUCGUGAUGUUGUCAAAGCCAAGCUCGGCAGCCCAGCCGUGGUCAUGGCGAUGGUAGCCGACAGCGAGUUCGUCCGCGAGUUGCAGAAGGAGCAAAGCCUGGAACCGGACGAAACAGAUAGAGCGGUACAUGCGGAGAGAAUGCUGGCGUCUGAUGGAGGACAAUUCAGCCUUGGUUGGUGGGAGGUGAGAGGAUCAUCAACGUCGUCACAAAGCGAGGGUCAAUUGACCAAAUAUCGAUGGGCCAUUGAUAUAGGUCGAUCGGACUGA